CUAGUAGGCUCCACUGGUUGUGAUCUUCCCCACCCCUGACAGCCACCAAAGCAGCAGGAGACUAAGAACAGCAGACACCAUGACACUGGCAGCCUACAAAGAAAAAAUGAAAGAGCUCCCCCUGGUGUCCCUCUUCUGUUCCUGCUUUCUCUCAGAUCCUUUAAAUAAACCAUCAUAUAAAUAUGAAGUAGACACUGUAGACCUGACCUGGUGUGUCAUAUCUGACAUGGAGGUCAUUGAACUCAACAAGCGCACCUCUGGACAAUCCUUUGAGGUCAUCCUUAAGCCACCGUCCUUCGAUGGGAUCCCUGAAUUCAAUGCCUCCCUGCCUCGACGGCGUGACCCAUCAUUGGAGGAGAUCCAGAAGAAGCUAGAAGCUGCUGAGGAACGACGUAAGUACCAGGAAGCAGAACUCCUGAAGCAUUUGGCAGGAAAGCGGGAACAUGAGCGGGAGGUCAUCCAGAAAGCCAUCGAGGAGAACAACAAUUUCAUCAAAACUGCCAAAGAGAGGCUGAUACAGAAAAUGGAGUCCAACAAGGAGAAUCGAGAGGCACAUUUAGCUGCUAUGUUGGAACGUCUUCAGGAGAAGGAUAAGCAUGCUGAGGAGGUCCGGAAGAACAAGGAAUUAAAGGAAGAGGCCUCAAGGUAAAGAGGCCUUCAAGCAGAUAACAAUUUGGACUGACAGCUCCAAGGAAAGAUGGCAGCAGGCGGCAGUACAUGGUGGAGGCUGCCUUAAUGCAAAGUGUUGACUGAGGAACUGGGACUGUCCUCUGCUUUCGUUGUUUGUGAAUGUAAAGAAUUGAUGGGAGAAGCCAUCUCGUGUGUUUCAGGGAGGGAGGGGGACAUAAGGGGAAAAGGAAGUUGUGAAGAAGAAAUGUUCGUAUCUGGGGAGGGAAGAGGGUGGGCAUGGAUGAGAAGACCCCCCCCCAAACAAUGAGAUGAUUUGUUUUUUGUUCCCACAUGGGUCCUUCUGAAGACGGAAUCCAAAUACAGGAGGGGUGGUAAGAAUACUAAUUUUGGAGGGAAGUAUUCCAGAAAGGGUGGGGGUGGGCUGGGUUAAUGAAGAAGAAAAGGCAAUCUAAUUUGGUGAUGAGCCCAGAGCAAGCAGAGGAAGUA